AUGGCGCCUAUUCAUAAACCUCUCGACCGCUCCACCACCUUUGACGCAAUGCUUUCCAUCAAUCCUCCCGUGGGACCUGUCGUCCUUCUCAAUAUCAUUUCAAUUCCGCCGGGGGCCGAUAAGGAAUUAUUCCUGAAGACUUGGAGCCGUACCGGCGAGAUUCUCAAGACUGCGCCUGGUUACAUCUCAACCCAACUCCAUCACGCUAUUGGAGAUGGCAAUUUCAUCGUCAACUACGCCAUUUGGGAGAACAAUGAGGACCUGAAGAAGGGCUUGGCAAUGCCUGAAUUCAAGAAGGUCUGCGAGGAUUUCCCGGAAGGCACCGAGUUCCGCGCAGCCGUCUUGCAGAAGGCUUCAAUUAGCGGUAUUUGCGUAGGUUUGUGA